AUUUUGAUCUGUCGCUACCAAUUAAUUCUGAUCGACAUUUACGUCAUGAUGAAAAAUUGAGAAAAACUAUGGCUUUUUAUAAAUCAUUUGUAAUUACUCAUAAACAACCAUAGUUCCUUUACAUCAACAUAACCAUAAUGACAACCAGUAUAAUAGAGAAACCACAAGGUAUUUGGGUGAUAGGGUAUGGUUCCUUAAUAUUUAAACCACCCCCACUUUAUUCAUUCAAAGUAUCAGGUUAUUUAAAAGGGUAUAUACGAAGAUUUUGGCAAAGUUCUUCAGAUCAUAGAGGUACACCAGAAUCACCUGGUAGAGUAGUAACAUUAGUAUCACUAGAUGAUUUAAAAUCAAAUCCUAAAUUCCAUAAUGAUAUUCAUUUAUAUGAGUUAAAUGGUACUCAUCAUGAAUCAGAAUUAUUAGAUAAUGAUGAAUCCCAAAGUUUAGAAAUCAAAGAUAUAACGCAUAAAGUGAAUCAAUUAGAUAUAGAUGAUUUAAGAGUAUGGGGUGUGGCAUAUUAUAUUUCUCCCGAACAUGUUCAAGAAAUGAAAGAAUACCUUGAUGUUCGUGAACAAGAUGGUUAUUCAACUCAUAAAGUACCAUUUCAUAUCAUUAAUGUUGAUCAUGAAUCCCAAGAAACAAAUGAUGUACUUCAACAUACUUCAACUGAUCCCAAAACAGGUGAUUACUUUAUAGAAUCAAUGAUAUAUAUCGGUACUAUUGAUAAUGAAUCAUUCAUAGGUCCAGAAGCCAUUGAAGAUACAGGCAAAGUUAUAAAACAUUCCCAAGGACCAAGUGGGCCAAAUUUAGAAUAUUUAUCAAAUUUAGCUAAUGCUGUCCGUCAUCUUGAUAAGUCUGGUCGUUCAAGAGAUUAUUAUCUUGAAGAUUUAGUAGGUAUAGCAAGUCAAUAAUUGUAUACAUAGGGUAAUGAAUAAAACAUCUAUUCCAUUAAUCAGUAUUGUAGUAGUAUCUAUAACGUGAGCUUAAUAAUUAAAUAUACAGGGUAAAUGAGAAUCAAAAAAAAAAUAGCGAAUCUCCCGGGGGUGAGUCGAACACCCGAUCUCAAGAUUUCUUCGAGGAGAACUCAUUACAGUCUCGCGCCUUAGCCAGCUUGGCCACCGGGAGGUUUUCGCUGACAA